AUGACCGUCGCUCUCUUACAGCCAGGUAGACCUGCGGCAUCCUCGAGGUCCAAGUUGCCUUCUCCGAGCGCUGAUUCCGAAUUCAACACUGGACAAGCUCAGGACUGUGGAUGUCAAGUUCUACGAGCAGAGGACAGAGUGACGCUGAUCGAUUCCACUUAUUUAAUAUCGACGGAUAUCACCCUAAAUACUCCAAACCCGUUCGACCUAUUUUCUAGAUCCGUCCAAUGCACGUCCUCUUCUACGCCGACUCCGUUGCGUGAACUUUUCAUACAUAAGGGAGAAUUCUCGCUUCGUUGUAUCACCCUCCUCGGUGUCCAGCGUUCCACGAUAACUACCGUGUUCGAUCUCAUGACACGUAGUCUGCGCAGAGUGCCUUCGCCAUAUCAUGCGUCAGAUUUGUCCUCUCGUCAGAGCAGUGUCUUCCGGCCGGGUUUGGCAGUGGAAGAGAUAGUCCCUCUGCUGAACAAGAGGCCCGUUCUCUUCAUUAGAGGCUUGCUGCAGUUGCCAAUGCUGGCACUUCUGAAGCCAAUCUUCGCUCGCUGGAAUCAGAAUGCAAAACUUCUCUCCGGUCACCGUCGAGGUCGCAGAAUCAGUGCGAUUGUUAGAAGUGGGACGAGGAAAGAGGCUGACAAUGCAAGAAGAAAGGCUGAAGGGGAUAAGAAAGACGUGCAAGCUACUGCCGUGCGACAAGAGCUGGAACUGAUGCAAAAAGUAUCGGAGAUGUAG